CUGUCCAAUUUUUUUGUGGGAAAAUUUAAUAGAGAAACCAUACUAUGUCUCAAUGUACCCAGGGUUCACAAGAUGUAUCUAUGGAAACGGAUCACGAGUUUUAUUAGGCAGCAAGAGACAGAACGGAAACAAGUACUUUCAGGAUAAUACAACGAUAGUACUACAAAAAUGUCGGGAUCAUACGAAAGAGUGAUAGUGCGUCAUAAAAUAUGGCCAAAGACAAUUGGAGAUUUUUUGUCUAUGACAUUUAUAUUAAUAAUAGUGCCAUUGAUAUAUUGGCAAUUUCAUGAUGCUUAAUAUCGUUGGAAACUUUACAUACACUGUUCUCUGUGAUACUAGUACUCGGCGAACAAUUGUACCAAUGAAAACAGAUAUUAAAAGUGGAUGGAGACUGUGUGCUUUAUGCGAAACAAUGUCACCUCCUCGCUCUUGGCAUUGCACCACGUGCGAUAUUUGUAUUCUCAAACGAGACCAUCACUGUAUAUUCACUGGAUGCUGCGUGGGACACUUCAAUCAUCGAUACUUCCUCAUGUUUGUCUUUUACCUCUUUGCUGCGACAGUCUAUGCAUUUUAUUUUAACAAUGUGUUUAUCUGGAGCAGGAUCAACUUUGAAUUUCCCAUGUCCAUUAUUAAGAUUGUAUUUCCAUUGGCCAUAUUUAUCUUUGGCUUUGAUGGUUCUUUAGAACAGUUCUAUUUGCUGCUUUACAUUGUUUCUACAGUGGGUAUGCUUUUUACUGGAGUACUUUGUGUAUAUCACUUUCACCUGGUGUUCAUUGGUGCUGUUGCCAAUGAGAGGAGUAAAAAAAAUUACUCGUAUAACUUGGGGUGGAAACAAAACAUUAAAGAGGUGUUUGGGGACAGGUGGUACCUUGCAUUGUUUGUACCUUAUGUGAAUUCCAAAUUGCCACAUGAUGGUAUCACAUGGGACACACCAGAAAGUUCGAAAGAAAAUUAUGAGAAGAAUAGAUGAUUGGCACAUUAUUUAUGUCAAAGACUGCUUAAUGUUUAAAAAUAUGGAUUACAAAAUUUCUGUUUUGAAUGAAAUACUUUUUGUGAGAUAAAUUGCAUUUAUUAAUAAGAUAUAUGUAAAAAAUUUAUGAAUAAAUAUGAAUAGGUAGAGUGUGAUGCAAAGUA